AUGAUGAUGAUACAAUUAUUAUUCUUAAUUUCUCUUUUUGCUAUUGCUUAUGGCGCAUCAAUAAAAUUAGAAGAGAGAAUUGUAGGAGGAAAACUUGCCUAUCCAGGUGAAAUCCCAUAUCAGAUUUCUCUGCAAUAUGGUGGUGAACAUUUCUGCGGUGGAGUUAUAAUUAACAAGGUUUACAUACUAACUGCUGCUCAUUGUGUAUAUGGUAUAAACAGUUCGGAUGUUUCGGUUAUUGUGGGAACAACAGAUCUACGAAAACCGCAUUCAGAACAUCUAGUUCAGUCUAUUUACGUACACGAAGAGUUCAAUAUUACAAUUAUAAAUGGUCUCAUAAUUGUAAGCGCCGACAUCGCUUUACUAAAGCUUCAAUCGCCAUUGAAAUUUUCUUGUCUGGUAUCUUCCGUCAAUUUACCAGAACAAAAUCAAACUGUCGAGGCAGGCUCGACAGUAGUAGUAUCGGGAUACGGUGUAACAUCUCCUGAAGGAAACUUUACUACACAGUUGUACGUUGUAAAAAAUAUCAUAACUAAUGAGACCUAUUGUAGAGAAACAUAUGAGAAAGAUCUAAAUAUAAGCAUUACUCAUCAGCAUAUCUGCGCAAAUCAUCCAGUCAUACAAAAGGGUGCAUGUGCGGGUGAUUCCGGUGGCCCUCUUACUUUCAAUGGACUACUCAUAGGACUGGUUUCGUUUGGGAAUGAGGGUUGCACUAGUGUAAAAUAUCCCGCAGUGUAUACGCGGGUUGCAUUGUUCAUCGAUUGGAUAAAUGAGCAUAUGGAUAAAAUAUAA